CAACUUCCUAAUAUAAAUUAUCCCAAAGCAAAAUCAAGAACCACUAAACAUCCUAAAGACCUGAUAAGUGUUGGUGGGUGACUGGAUGGAGUACUGGAAGCUCUAGAAACUAGAAAGGGCGAAAGGACAAAAGAUAUGGCGGCAUCAGCAAUGGAGGCGGUAUGCGUAACUGGCGGAAGUGGCUAUAUUGGCUCGUGGCUCGUCCGCCUCCUUCUCGAUCGCGGCUACACGGUGAACGCCACCGUCAAAGAUCUCAAAGACGAGAAGGAAACGAAGCAUCUAGAAGCGUUAGAAGGCGCAGAAUCACGUCUUCGCCUCUUUCAAAUCGACCUCCUCGAUUACGAAUCAAUUGUCGCUGCCGUCAGAGGCGCAUCCGGUGUCUUUCACUUGGCUUCUCCUUGCAUCGUUGAUCAAGUCCACGAUCCUCAGAAGGAACUACUGGGACCUGCAAUCAAAGGGACAAACAAUGUUCUGACAGCAGCAAAGGAAGUGGGAGUGAAACGUGUGGUUGUGACAUCAUCUGUUUCAGCCAUUGUUCCUAGUCCUAAAUGGCCAUCUGAUGUCCCAAAGACUGAGGAUUGUUGGACUGAUGAGGAAUAUUGCAAGCAAAACCAGUUAUGGUAUCCGCUUUCUAAAACCUUAGCGGAAAAAGCUGCAUGGGAUUUCGCUAAGGAGAAAGGAUUAGAUGUAGUUGUGGUCAACCCUGGAACAGUUAUGGGCCCCAUUCUUCCUCCAACACUUAAUGCAAGCAUGCUAAUGAUUCUUCGCCUUAUCCAAGGAUGUACGGAAACAUAUGAGAAUUUCUUCAUGGGUUCUGUUCAUGUAAAAGAUGUGGCCUUGGCUCAUAUUCUGGUGUAUGAAAACAAAGCAGCAACUGGAAGGCAUUUAUGUGUUGAAGCCAUUUCACAUUAUGGUGAUCUUGCAGCUAUGGUUGCUGAAUUAUACCCUGAGUAUAAUAUCCCCAGGUUGCCGAAAGACACCCAACCGGGGUUAUUGAGAUCAAAGACUGGAUCGAAAAAGCUUAUGGAGUUGGGCCUUGAAUUCAUUCCUAUGGAGCAGAUUAUCAGGGAUGGUGUUGAGAGUUUGAAAACCAAAGGCUUUAUAUCUUGAAUGGGAUAUUUAGUUAUGGUAACUUUUUUAUGUAUUUGUAGUUGUGAGUUAUAUCUUAUAUGACAUAACUACUUCUAUCCCCUGUCUUAAUGAUGUUGAUGUAAUAUAUGCCACUAUAAUUCUACUUC